AUGGCAGCGGCACGGUUUCUUCUCCGUCUUUUCAUUUUAUCUUCGCUCUUCGCUGUAUGUACCCUUGCAGCUGAGGAUGGCGAUGGCCUUAUCUUCGGGGACUCUCGUCGAAGACCAGAAAUUCGAUCCCGCGGCCGGAGCAGCUUCGGUCGGAUGGCUCGACGGCCCAAUCGACUCCAUAUGUUCCAGGGGGAUCACGAUGGCAGAGCAGCAACUACAUCAACAACCAUAGCUAUCACCCCAGAAAACCCGGUAGACAACUCGGCACCGUUUUCACCGCCAAAACAAGCACGUGGCGUCAUCCCCGUGCCCCGCAUACCCAAACCCGCUACUCCACCACCGCCGCCUCGGUUUCCUGGGCCUCACGGAAGACCGCGUCCCAUCAUUCCUGAGUUUCCUUCGUCUCCCGAUCCUCCUAGGUCUCCCAAGUCUCCAAAGUCUCCCAAAUCUUCGGACCGUCCCGAAUCUCCGGAGACUGGAGGGGACGGUCCUUCUUCUACCUCUGAUCAGGAGAACCCGUUGCCGAGACCUACAAGCAACAACUUUGGCGGGUCCGGAUCGAAUUUUAGAUCAGACAGACAGGUUACUAGCGUGGGAAACACGUUGAAUCUCCAACACGCAGUUUUGAUGCUCGCUCUGAUGGCGACCGGGGCGAUGGCUGCUGCGUAA